CCACAACACAAACAUUAACUCAUCUCUUCUCAUAAUCACAAACCAUGAAAACUCCUUCAAUCUCCACUCAUCUCUCAUUCUUUCUUCUCCUCAUCUUGUCAUGCUCAUCCGCAGCUUAUGCUGAUAGGCAAUACAACUUUCUUCAUUGUCUCUCCCAAAAAGCCAACAACUACUCUUCCAUUUCUGAUGAUAUUUACACUCCUGCAAACUCAUCCUACACUUCCAUCCUCCUAUCCCAAAUCCGAAACCUUAGGUUCGCAUCGGCAUCUACUCCUAAACCGCAAGUAAUCAUAACCCCAGAGCACGAAUCCGAAAUCCCACCUGUCGUUCGUUGUGCCAGACUAACUGGUCUGGAGAUCAGAACUCGAAGCGGUGGCCAUGACAUGGAGGGACUGUCUUAUGUCUCAAAAGUCCCGUUUGUUGUCAUAGAUUUGAUCAAUCUAAGCGAAGUCACAGUCGACGUGGAGGAGAAAACGGCGUGGAUCGAAGCAGGUGCAACCACCGGCAUUGUAUACUACAAGAUUGCGGAAAAGAGCCUCACACUAGGGUUUCCCGGUGCUAUUUGCACUACAGUAGGCGUCGGCGGCCACUUCAGCGGAGGAGGCUACGGCGCAAUGCUUAGAAAAUACGGCCUCGCUGGAGAUAACGUCGUUGAUGCAAGAAUAAUCGACGUUCAUGGCAGAAUUCUUGACAGAAAAUCAAUGGGUGAGGAUUUGUUCUGGGCGAUCAGAGGCGCCGGAGGUGCCAGCUUCGGCGUGAUCACUGCUUGGAAGGUGCAACUGGUCGAUGUUCCAAAAACAGUCACUGUUUUCUCAAUCCUGAGGAAUGUGGAAGAACAGAAAGGAGCUGAACUGUGGCACCGCUGGCAAUACGUGGCGCCUAAAGCUGACAAAGAUUUGUUCGUCGGAGUUAUUGUGUUCAGGGUGAACACGACGGUCCAAGUUAAUUUCUUCUCAGUUUUCCAAGGCGGCGCAGACAGACUAGUUUCAUAUAUGCAAGAAAUCUUCCCUGAGUUAGGGUUAGUGAGAGAAGACUGCACUGAGAUGAGCUGGAUCCAAUCCACCUUGUUUAGCAACCAAAUGCCGAUCGAUCCACUUGAUGCUCUGCUCAACCGGACUCAACCCGGUCUCAGACAGCUCAAAGCCAAGUCGGAUUAUGUCCGAACACCUAUUCCCUUGAACGCGAUCGAAGGCAUGGUGAGUAUGCUACGUGAACCUGAAGCGGACGAGACUAUUUACUACAUGGUUCCAUACGGUGGAAGAAUGGAUGAGAUAUCAGAAUCGGAGACUCCAUUUCCUCACAGAGCUGGCGCGCUCUACAAACUCGCCGGCUUAACCUACUGGCAAGACUCCGAGGCAGCAGAUGCAGACAGAUACAUAAGCUGGAGCCGCAAGUAUUACGAAUACAUGACUCCUUAUGUCUCAAGCUCUCCCAGGGAAGCAUAUUUCAACUACAGAGAUCUCGACAUCGGAGUGAAUAACCCUAAUGGGAAGACGAGCUAUGGACGAGCCAGCAUUUGGGGGAAACCGUAUUACAAGAAUAAUUUCGAUCGUCUUGUUCGGGUGAAGACAGUUGUUGAUCCAACCAAUUUCUUCAAGAAUGAACAGAGCAUUCCGCCGUUGCAGGCGAAGUGGACUAAGAAAGGGAAUUAAUUAAGAUACAUAUUAAGCAGAAAUGUGCAUGCACUAACCGCCAACUUGUUAUCUGAUUAUUCUUUAAUUUGAUGCACUAACCGCCAACUUGUUAUCUGAUUAUUCUUUAAUUUGAUGUUAUUUUCCAGCAACAAUAAUUGUAUUUGUUAUUCAUGAAAGUUGAUGUACCAAUAAAUUUUUUUUUUCUUUUAAUUGAUUUUAAUAGGGUGUAUUAAUAAAUUGAUCGAUUGAGUUGCUAUAUAAAUAUUGUUUGGUUUUAACAA